AUGGGUGGCUUCAUGCUAGAAUGCCCUGACUACGUGCCAUUCCCUGUCGACGCCCAUCAAAUAUAUUAUCUGGUUACCAACGGCUUCAUGGUGUUCCCUGAAAUCGAGAAGAAAGCUAUUUGGGAUAAGAACAAGGCAGAUGGCUUUGCCCGCCUCCUCACCUCGAUACAGGUGUGUGGGUUUGCCCUUCAGUGCCUGGGGCGCGCUAUGCAGCGUCUACCAAUCUCAACUUUGGAACUUUCUACCAUGACGUUCGUUUUCUGCACCUUGCCCACAUUCUUCUGGUGGCGUCAUAAGCCUCUCGACGUUGCCACGACAAUUCCUAUCUGUCUGAAGGAUCAAGUCAAAAUCAAAGACGUACUCCAAUCUGCGGGCGCCCGUGCAAGCAGACCCUUCAGAUCCACUCCUCUCGACUUUGUUAACCCACGACCCUCUCGAUUCGACUUCGUGGGACCCGUUGUAUGGGGUAUCGAUCUGCUUUUUGGUCUGGGUAGAGCUCACAAGUAUGGUCCGAUCACGUCAUUCCGAAAUAGCACACGAAACCCUCCAAGAGAUGCGCGAGUACUGGAUUGGGUAGUUAUCUCUACCAUCUCCCUAAUGUACAUGGGCUUCUAUUUUAUCGGGUGGAACUGGGUGUUUUCCACAGUCCUUGAACAACAACUUUGGCGCGCCGCAACUUUGACUCUCUUGGCAUCCUUUUUGUCCUACGGGAUAUUAUUCAUCAUCAUAGCGUGGCGAUUGCCAGCGGCCUGUCAUCUUUUCGGCGUUUCUGGGGCCAAUACUGUCCUUGAGCUUUUGUUCCUUUUACCGUUGUGGCUACAGUACUCGAUAGCAGUAAUCUGGAUCGGGUCAUAUGGACUGGCACGACUAUAUAUUAUUGUGGAAGCGUUCAUCGGCCUCCGCGCUUUGCCACCGGCCACAUACAACACUGUGAACUGGUCCAAUUUCCUGCCUCAUAUAUAA